GACCCACACAGGCCUAGCGAGCCACCAGAUGCAACUGCUCCCACCUGGAGUGAAGGGGCUGCACCCCUGGCAUCCAUGACAUGACAUGGACAGGCAGGGCACAAGCAGCCUCUGCACACUGCAGAGCCCUGGCGUUCUCCACAGAAACAAGGACCACAGCUCGCAGAAAGACAGCAUCUCUCCUGAGCAAGCCAACAGCAGGAGCAGCAGCAGCACACACAAAGUGCCGGAUCACAUCAGGAUAUAAGGUGCCUGAGGACUACUUGUUGUUUGCAGACUGCUAGAAGACAGAGGCAUAAUCACCUAUUGCAGGAUAUGGAGCCAUCAAACAAGAAAUUGCACUAUGAGUAUCUGCAUCAUUUGAGAUAAAUUGAGAUGAACAGCUCUGAGUAGUAAAUGAAAAUCUCUGUAGGAGGGGGAUAGGAAACAGAAGACACAGAACAGCAAUGGCAUUGGAAGAAAAGCAUAUUGAAAUGGAGCUGAGGUCGAAUCCUGGCACAGUUUCUCAUUCAGCUUCAGCUGCAGUCCGAGUGACUGAUUUGAGUUGGCGAGGUAACCUAAAUCCCAGUCCGCUCAUUAAAGAUGAUGGAGAGCUACUUCUGGAUGAAUACCUUUCCCCCAGGAAACUAAAAGUUUUGACAGGGGCAGAUGAUCUACAGCAAGUAAAGGCCCUAGAGAUGCGAGUAGAUACAAGAGAGAACAGCUUGGGCAACUUUGGUGCCUAUGUACCUAAUCUGAGAGAACUGAAGUUGAACAAUAGCUUGCUUGUGUCUGUGAGGGAUCUUGGAACUACAUUGUCCCAUCUCCAUGUCCUGUGGAUGACUCGCUGUGGACUCUCAGAUUUAGAUGGUAUCUCCUCCUGCAGUUCUCUAAGAGAACUUUAUAUAGCCUAUAACAAUAUCUCUGACCUGAGUCAGCUGACCUGGUUGGAUCAUCUUGAGGUUUUGGAUCUGGAAGGGAACAAUAUCGAGGACAUCAACCAAAUGCAGUACUUGAAACUUUGUUGCAAGCUGAGCCACCUGACAGUGGAGGGCAACCCUAUUUGUCUGAAGCCAAACGCAGAAUCAGCAGAGGAACCAGAUUAUAAUUACAGAGCUGAAGUAAAAAAUCUCAUUUCUCAGCUGGAGUAUUUGGACAAAGUACCAGCAAGCCAGACUGCUCUCCUUCCUUCCAAGAAGAUGCAUGAGGAUUGGCUAUUAAUCAAAGAAUCCAUCAAGGAAGGUGGUUUAGCUGGAGACAUUUCAUGGUUAGAUCUGUAUCUUGGGGCAGCAGCAAGGCAGCCUGGAUGCAGCCCAAGACCCUUGACAACUUCCAGACUUGGAAUUGCACAGUGGUCUGCUGAAGCAGGGAGAACUAGCAAUGCCCACCUGUUGUAUGGCGGCAGUCCUCUUCCAGUUCCCAUUGUUUCCAAUGAGCUGUUCCCAGAAGAUGGCUGCAGUGAUUUGACACAUGGACUCAGUCAAGUUAUAUGUGGGAACCCCACCAAGGCCCUUCGUGCAAGGAGACAAAAGCUAGGUCCACUUGCAAUGAGCCCUUUGAAGUUCUGUGGUCUGAGGACAGAAAACCUUUACAGAUAUGGAGGAGGAAAUCUGCACCAGGAAUCUGCGUUCUCUGAACUGGAAGCAAAGAGAGAGCAGCGCGAGCAGUGACACCACGAGAGAAGUCUUGUCGUACAGUAAAAACGGGCAUUCACUUUCUGCAUUAAUAAACUCUUUAGCCACCUGGUGGUGGUUUCAGGGGAUAGUCGGCCUCCUGCCUUCCUGUCCUUUCGGGGGCAAUCCUUCCAUCAGUCCUCUCCGCAGGAGCAUCUGCAAGGUGAUAAAGAGAGAGGAAACCUGUGGGAAGUUUGAUGUGCGAAAACAGACAAGGGGGGCUGGCAGCGUUCGUUAGAGCUUGGCAUUGUUCGCCUUGAAGACCUUGGAAGCUGAUAAUGAAGGAGCCAGCUAGCAGCAGUUUACUGAUAGGUAGGCAUUGGAAUGCAGAAAGCUGGCUGCAUUUGGUUCAGGAGUUUGAAAACAGCCAGAGGAGACUGAGUCUGCGCAAAGUUCAAAAAGAAAUAUAUUCAUCCCGAGGAAGACUUCCUACUUCAUCCCUAAGACCCCGGCCAACGACCAUCAGGAGGCACUACGCAGGCGCAAGAUUGGGGCGAACUUUCCAGAUCUAAUUAUAAUACGAAGCGGGGAUAGGGUAUGAAUAUGUAGUAGGCGCUUAUACCUAUGCAUGUCUUUACACUGUAAGUAGCUGCUUAUUAAGCUAUACGGUGUGCAAGCUAGGAGGAGAACCCCCUUGCACCUCAGUGCUGGAAAUAAACAUACCUGCUUUAUUAACUCAUUUUGGGUUAUAGGGUUUGAUUCCGCAAAACAAGCUCUGACCUCUCUCUAGAGCUGGCUGAAGACCAGCAUAGGCAAGGUGGGCUUGCUUGCUUAGUGGACCAAGGAAAUGACUUUUCAUGACUGGUAAGACAUUCUUGGCCCUGACAGUAUCUACCUUCGGACAGUGUAAGAAGUGCAAGUGGAUGAGGUUUCCUGCAAGCAUUACAUUGGCCUAACCAAAUGAAAGGUUGAAAGGAAAAUAACUCCAUGCUGAAAUUCCCCCAUCUCAUAGUUGGUUUGGAAGUAAAAAUAGAUUCAUUUUUCUGAGCUUACUUUACUGUGUAGCAUUUUAGAGCUGUCCCAUUUCACUUUUUUAACUUUAGGAUACAUUCAGACAAUCAGACACAGGCAGCUUAGAUGGCUGAUCCAUUUAGAAUGAUUUUCCAUAUCUCCAGGAAAGUGAGAGAUCACGGUGGGUGACUAAAUCCACUGCACAGGUAUUUGGCGGUGUGGCCAUGCUAAGCUGCACUUGGUUGGCUGCAUAUUCACAGCACAAAGGCUAA